UGGGAAAUCAAAUUUUUGCAACUUCCGUUAUUUCUCUUUCCGGUCGAAAUUUCCACCAUGGCUGACCAAGAAACACAAGAUUUAUUGGAAAAGAAGAAGAAGCGUACUUUUAGAAAGUACACUUUCAGGGGUGUUGAUCUUGACCAACUUUUGGACAUGUCAAGUGAACAGUUGAUGGAAUUGCUCUCAUCCAGAGCCCGCCGUAGGUUCACCAGGGGUCUGAAGAGGAAGCCCAUGGCACUCAUCAAGCGUCUUAGGAAGGCCAAAAAGGAGGCCAAACCCCUAGAAAAGCCAGAGGUAGUGAAAACACAUUUGAGAAACAUGAUCAUUGUGCCAGAAAUGAUCGGUAGUGUUAUCGGAGUGUACAACGGCAAGACCUUCAACCAAAUCGAAGUCAAGCCUGAAAUGAUCGGCCACUACCUUGGAGAGUUCAGCAUCACAUACAAGCCUGUUAAGCACGGUCGUCCCGGUAUUGGUGCCACUCACUCCUCACGAUUUAUUCCACUCAAAUAGACUGUAUUUGUUGGUUAAUAAAUAUGUGGGAUUACCUCU